GUUUUGUACAGAAGAAUGGCUGCCAUCUUUAGUUUUCGAUGGAUGUUUUCCGAAGAGUUCGUGAAUUCUUAUAUUUGUUGCGGUAUUUAAUAACGUAAUUAAAUCUAAAACAGUGAGAUAACGUUCGGCGUGAUGUAAGGAGUGUUUUAUGCUUAACAAUUCAAGCUGCCCUAGUGUCAAUUUCAUUAAAAAAUGCCUGUGUUUACAUCCAAGUUUGAAGUGAGCUUCUGUAUUCCUGUCAUAUUAAGUUCAAGAACCGAGAUCCUCAAAUAGCUCAUCAAAGGAUAAACGUAUUUUCAAACUGUAGUAUUAAAGGGUUUUCUUAAAAUUUAUUUCGUCAAAUUUUAAUUUGGCGAAAUCAAAAAGCCUCCAAGACGUCGACUCCAUCAGUGAUCAAGUUACCCGGGGGUGGAACAGGUGGGGGUGGGGAACAGGUGUCCCCUGGACCCGGGCUACCUCCCCCUGUCGCCCCUGCAGAGAUAAAUGAUACUGCUGAUGAUAGAAAAACCGAAUCGGAGGCGGUUAAUAACUUCGUUUCCAAUGCACCGGAUGCCACUAUGAGUUUUGUUCUACAAUUGGGAACCGUCGAAACACCCGAUGAAGUUGGCAACAACAACAGUACCUCCGUAAUAGCUCAAGAGUUGACCGGAACGAUUCCAAUUGGUACGGUAAUCGCCAAGCCUUUGUUACCUACGAACAACAACAAGUCGCAGAACUUGCAAAAUUUGAAAACUGUUAAUAUUACCUCCGUACCGCCCGGCACGACCCUGUCAUCGAUUGUUAAACCUGUGACCGUCACUUAUCCGGUGAAUAAAACAAUCAGGGAUGCGCAGAAAAUCGGAGGUUCGCAAACUAAAACAACUCAGGUUUUGACCACACGAGUCAUUUCUCAGAAAAUACCAUCCUCCACGUACCAAAUACAUCCGACGAAUUCACCUGUAAGUCCGGCUCACGCGUUGCACCUACCCGUAAAGACUCCUUUGCCUUCACCCGGUACAAAUGUGACCAAGAUUCAGUCUCUACCGUCUCCCACGUUUACGCAAACCGUGAACGCCCAAUCAAAAAUGACCGCCACCCCAGAGGGAGCUCAAAAUAAGCAACAAUCAGCUACCAUAACAAAUUUGCAGUCUACCAUGCAUCAAAAAUCGCAAGUUUCAACUCAGCAAAUUUUAAACACGUCUGGCGUCAAGACCAUCACUACCACUUCUGUUCCGAACAUGCAAAGGAUUCAACUGAAAACUCAGAAUAUCGGUGGCAAACCUCAAACCGUCAACUUACAGAAGGUAAAAACUAUUGCCAAUGUCAAUAAUCAAAUGGGGCAUCGCGUUAAUUUACCAAGGAUGCAAACCAUACCGAAGUCGCAGGUUCUCACACCCUCUACUCAGGGCACUCAAAUUUCCAUGAGUCAAGUAAUGAACAGUGCGAAUAUGCAAAGAGUACAGCAGGUCAAUUCCUCCGGUAUGCAACAUGUCCAGAAAGUUCAUCAGCCGUUGGGAAUAAGCAAUGCACAGAAGUUGUCGCAGGUAUUCGGUAAUCAGAAAGUACAGCCGCAGGUUAUAGGCAAUGCCGCGGGUCAUGCGAUGCAAAAAGUUCAACAUUCCGGAUUGCAGCAAAAUCAACAAAUCCUACAAAAAGGAAACGUGGUCACACAAAAGACGCUUGGAGUUCAGAGACAGCAGCAAUCUACCGCUGUGAAUAAUCUUUCGAAAUCUGUAAACUCUGUAGCUGGUAUACAGAAGGUACAGCCCAACGCGCAGCAACAGCAACAAAAAAAUAUACAAACCACGCAACAGCAAAGGCCUCAGGCUAUGGCGACUCUGCAAAAAUCACAAACAAUGGCAACGGUGAAUUCUAAUAAAACUCAGUCCGCUUCCAAUAUCACAAAAAGUAACAGCGUCCCGAAUAUCUCCAAGUUGCAGCAAAAUCAAAAUUCGAUAAACGUCAGCAAACAACAAAUCACCAAUCAAACAGCACAGGUUCAGACCACGCAAUUAUCCCAGCUCCAGCAACAGCUGAUGCAUCAAACCCCACAAAAUCAACAGCAACAACAGAUCACUCAAAAGCAACAACAACAACAAAUUAAUGCUCUGUCACAAACGCAAAGAUGUCAAUCCGUGACCGGAGGGCAACAAAAAAUGGCCACUAUUACAUCCAUUCCAAGCAAUCAAAGAGCACAGACAACGACGAACACUAAAGCUCAACAACAGCAACUGCAACCUCAGAUGGUGCUCAGAGUUGGCCCUUCCAAAAAUCAGUCACAAAACAUGCAGUCUGCAAAUAUGAAGCCAGUUUCCCAGAAGGUCAUGAACAGCGUAAAAACUUUGAACCAACAAAAUGUAGCCCAACAAUCGAAUCGUACUUUGAACUCUCAGCCGAUUAAAAUAAUUCAACAGCAACAGCAAAACCUCAUCGGUCCUCAAAAUACCCAAAAGCAACCCGGGUGCAUCAAAACUAUACCCCCGCAAAAAUCAGCCCAGAGAAAUCACGUCCCCAAAGUUUCUGGUAUCAAAACUUCCUUGAAUACUAAUCUGAGCUCACUCAAAGGGCAGGGAUCACAAACUACAAUAGCACAAAAGACAAGCAUAAAAACUCUACUUCCUCAACAACCGAGUGGGCAAAAUAUGAUUGCCAAUAAAAAUCAGCCAGUGAAAAUCCAGCAGCAAUCGAUCCAACAGAAGCAACUCGUUAUGACUGCCCAAUAUCCUCAGCAACUCAGAGCUCAGACUGGACAAAUUAAAACGUUGCUACCAGUCGUUGGAGGAGAAAUCCGUAAAGACAAUGACAACAAAAACGAGACCGAGCCACACUCAACUAACGAAGACGGCGGUCAGCGAGCACCACAAUCUCCCGCACGACGAAUACCACUGCCAUACGAGUGUCUCCAGUUUGUCUUACAAGACCACAAUUAUGGUGCACCUCCGCCGAGGACUCCUCCGCCCGCAUCCCCACCGCCGCACCCUAAGCAGCAGCCUGUUAACGGCGGAGGAAGUUCAACUGCAGUUCCUCAACAUCCCUUCACUUAUGGACAAGCAGUUGUCAGUACAAACGUAGAAGAUGAUGCUGGAAGUGCGAUAAGCAGUGAAGCUGGACGAGAAGCCGAACCGGAGGGUGAGGAGACAGAAACUGCGCCUGAAGGUGAGGGGGAUGACGAAGACAGCGUGACGAGAUGCAUUUGUGAUUUCGAACAUGAUGAUGGCUAUAUGAUCUGCUGCGAUCGUUGUCUAGUUUGGCAACAUGUUGACUGUAUGGGCAUAGACCGCUCUAAUAUACCUGACGAGUAUUUAUGCGAAAUGUGCCGGCCACGUCGCGUGGAUAGGCAACGGGCCCGAACUUUGCAGCUGCGCAAACGUGAAGAGCUUCUCAAUUCCGACACAUCUUCCGACUCCUCAUCUACGAGCUCAGCCGACACCGACGUCGGUGUAAAUACAGCCCCGAAAAAGCGAGCACCGUCGCAACCGCAACAACAACAGUCACAACCGCUACAACAGCAACAACCACAGCAGCAACAACAACUACAACAACAACAACAACAACUACAGCAACAGCAACAAGUACAGCCGCAAGUGCAGCCGCAACAUCAACAAUUACAGCAACAGGUGCAGCCGCAACAACAACAACCGCAGCAACAACAACCGCAGCAACAACAACAACAGCAGCAACAACAACCGCAGCAACAACAAACACAACAAGCUACGAGAAGAAAAUCUGAUCCACCUCCACAGGUCAGACGGUUGAGUAGUACCAAUAAUAAUAACAAUAAUGUUGCGAAACGACAAAGAAGGGAUCCACAUCCGAGGCAGACCAGUGCGGUACGUAAGAAAGAAACUGUCAAGCGUGGUCCAGGGAAAAGGAAGACCAAAAGAAGAAUGAGCCUGGAAGAUAGAGAGGAAGACACGCAGGAUGCAUGGGGCACAAAUAUGGCCCCUUUGAGACAGUGGAUCGAGCGAUAUGAAGAGGCAGUUACAAAUCAUUACAGUCCUGAACUUCGUGCCAGAAUUUCAAGCAUUAAAGUUAAUGGAGCUCAUGGUGACUUACGACAGAGCAACAUGAACGCUGCCGCAACUGGCAAAUGCAGGCUUAAUGUACACAGUAAUAAUCUCAGAUUUUUGGUUGCUACUAUGUAUCUACCACCGAACACUCCUGUUGUUGAACUUCGUGGGAAGUAUAUGCUGAGUGCGCAGCACAGGCCUUCGCAUCCUCAAAGUCGACAACAUGCACAGAGACCUGGUCCUUUUGUAUUUUUUUACCGAUUGCCACGUGAUGGAACUGAAGUUUGUGUCGAUACUAGAACUUACGGAAACGACGCGAGGUUCGUUCGUCGAAGUUGUAAACCGAACGCAGAAGUCAAACAUUGUAUAGAGAAAGGAACGUUGCAUUUGUAUAUCGUUACAACUACGGCAAUCGAAAAGAAUGCUGAGAUAACCAUAAGACAUGAGCAACAUGAUCUCAUGUUGUCACCAAACCUUAAUUCACCCAUUGUACCACUAAUUUGCGCCUGCAACAACACAAGAGAAUGUCAAGUCGCGGCUAUGGGACAAUUGAGUAGGCGAGGAAGUAAUGGUGCACUCGCUGAAAAUGCCGAUGGUAGGGAGAGAAGACGGCGAGGUAGAAGAAACACUGUGUGUGAAGAUAGCGAUUCGUUGUCCGCAGUUUCCAGUACAAGUAUUAGUCAACCAGCCCCAACACCGGCGCCAGCCCCUGCUGUCGCUCCUACUCGAAGAACACUAACAAGUGGUAACGCCAGUUCAACGGUAACACGUCAGGUGACAGCUAAAGAAGAAACACCUGUAGUACAACAACCCCCUCUCACGUCGCCCUCGAUUGUUCCAUCUCAACCACCAGAGACGACUAAAAAGGAUAAAAAGAAAAUGACGAGGGAGGAGCGUAAGAUGGAAGCGAUAAUGAAAGCUUUUGAAAGAUUAGAAAAGGCGGAGCAGAGGAAACAGGAAGUCCAGGCAAGAAAUGCUCAGAGAAAAGAGUCAGGAGGUACACAUAGUGAUAAUGAUGAUACCCCCAUUACUUCUGCACAGGUAAAACAAAAACCGCAAAGUGCUGAACGACCUGUGAGAAGAAAGCGAAGAAAGGGACGUGCUCGAACUACCAGUACUUCGCAUUCUCAACAAAACAGAUGUAGAACCAGAUUGAACUCUGCCGACUCCGAUAUAUCCUCGGGCGAAGAAAGCAAUUCCAUGCAGUCACCCCCUCUGCCAAAUCAAAAUUGCCCACCGAUCAGAGGGAUGCCUUACGCUCAGCAUCUGCACACUCCAACAAAGGACGUUACUGAUAGCAGUAGUGUUGGCUCCACUGGCCAUCAUGGAAUUCCUACAGCUGCUGGAUUACUACUUGCGCUGGCAAAUUCUAAUGUGCCGGGACCAAGUUCACCACCACUUCAGCAACCAACGCCAAUUAAGAGCCCAACUUGUGAUAGCGGAGCUAGUAGUAGCUCUCAAAGCUCAACUCCCUCUACACCGUUGUCAUCUGCUUGUUUAUUAGUUGCAGCAGCCGUAGGUCCUUUGGCACCAGGUUUCAAGUUUCCCAAAACGAAAAAAGUCUUGAUGAACGAGUGGCUCAAAGAAUCCCCGGAUCCACCUCAAACUCAUAUUCCACAGAUUUCCCCGAUACCAGCUUUACCUUCUGCGCCACUGUGUAAUCCUAUUACCCAGUUGAAUAAGCCAACGGAUUUUCUGUCACCUACUGAUCCAUCGCCAGAGUUUCUCACUCAAAGUUACGCCGCUAAGAGUCUGGCGACUUUGGUACAAGCGGCAAAUUCAGUCUCUGGAAUAUGCGACUCUCCCCCUCAACGAAGGCAGACUAUCCCUGGAAAUUCUUCAUGCUCCGGGUCCACAGGAUCAGCAAAGAAGCGAUGGCUACGCCAAGCCAUUUCCGAAGAAUGCGAUUCACCCAAUAGCCGGCCAGAAAGUCCUCCAAGUGAGAUGGUAGCACCACCAAAAAAGAGAAGGAUUGCAAGAGAGAGUUUAUCAUCCGAUAACUAUACUCCCCCAACUACUCCAACGCUAUUGUCAUCCGAACAUGUUCUCUCCCAGUCAACAUGCAACAAUGAGGAUGAAUUUGUAGACAUGGCCCAAUCCCCCAAUAACGAACAUUCUACACCAAAUUCCGAAUACGUGCACAAUAAUGUGAAAGACGAAGCGGAUUCCGAAUCAGAGGCAGCAGAGACCAUUGAAUUAAAAGAAAAAAUAAAGUUCAUGAAUCCUGAAUAUGACAUUCCCCAGUCCGAACUGUGCAUUAAAUAUGAAAAAGAUGAUGAACCAAUGCCACUAGUGAAAAGUGAUUCUACUAACUCAGUUAAAUUAGAAGUUGAUUCUAUUAAAGAGGAAAAAGUUUUCGUAAAUUCACCGAAUCCCCGCAAAACUGAAAUAACCAUGGUGAAACAAGAGUUAGGUGACACUCCUGCCACGACUGGAAUGGUAUUGGCCAAUAAAAUUGAAUUGCCGGAAGUCAAAGAGGAAGCAAUACAAGAAAAUGACUCCCACAACAUUAAGAAAGAAGCCAGCCAGAUCAAAAAAGAAUCACAAGUAGUGUUGAUUGAGAAAGGUACAGUUGAAAUUGUUGAUCAGAACGAACCUGAUACAGAAAUGGAAGAUUUAAGCUCACCGAUUGCUGCGAUGGAGUCAGACGCUGUUCUCAAACAACGAGCAGCGGAAAUGAGACUUGAAUUCAGUGGUAGUAUAGCAGAUAUAGUGAAUAUCGCUAGUGAAAAUGAAAAAUCCGACGACGAUAGAAAAUACGAACUCAAUAAAGCUGAUGAACUGAAAUCUGAUGAUAAUAUGUCCAUUGAUGAGUUUGACGUUGAGGCACAGAUGAUGAAAAUUACUGGCGAUGAUGGAAACGAUUACAAAGAGAAAGUUGACACGAGCUCCGAGAAAGAUAAAAGCAUGGACGGAAUCGAAGGACUUAUGGAUAGUUCGAAAGAAGAUUCUGAUUCAGAGGAUAAUGACGUUGAUGAUCCUCAAACGGAAAAAACUCCGUUUGGAGAAUUUCAUAUUACCACCGAGCACAGGGCGUUCAGAGAGUUUGAAAGUAAACCAGAAGAUAGAGGAUUCAUCGAUUUUGAAGUCAAAAGAGUCCCCAAUCGCGUAGAGGUGGAAGUCACUAAAAUUCAACCUUCCAGCGAGCCGAACAUUUCGUUGGAAGAAUCUAUUAUACUAGAAUCUACGUGUUCUAACAUUGAUGUGGAAACUAUCGUUAAAAUUCCCAAAAUAGAAUUUCCCAUUCCGCCACUGAGUGAGAGAAUUCGUAAAAAGACAGAGCAACAACAACCCGCCAAAUUGCAGCUGGACUUCGAAGCAUCCAUAAUUGAAUCGACUAUUGAAAUAGAAGCUGGUGCUGGUUCGACAGAAGGUGAACAAAAAUCUAUGCUUUCUUCCGCUCUCAGAGAGUUGCUAGAAGCAAAGAUUGACGUCGAUCCAGAACCUUUGGAAAUCGAACCUUCGACAGCAAAAGUGAACGUUAUCUCCCCAGAUGAACAAUUGGACAGAAUUCAGUGUACUAAUCCUGUGAACAUGCAGGAUUUGGUUGUGAAAAGUGAAGAACAAAUAACUCAAGUUGAAUCUGCCCUUGCGAGAGUUGAAAAUAUUGUCCCAACAGAACCCAGAAGACUUAAAGACCCCAGGACUAUUGCACCAACUGACAUGCCAGCACCACUCCCGACAAAGCCAGAAGUGCCAGCACCAGUCAAACGCAAGGUUAGAACGUUAUCAAUAUCAGAGUAUCGUAAACGCAAACAACAAUCAUCGGGCACACCACCUGAGCCGGAACCAGAACCAUCAACUGACGCAACAUCAGAUCGGGGGGGCACAAGAGGUAGAUCGGAUAGUGCUAGCAGCGGGACUUCUUCGCUGAGCUCUGACGAAGAGGGAAAUUCAAAAGUUUCUUCAUUGGAUCUGCCUGGCCUAACAACUUUACCACUUUUUAUCAACGUAGAUAGCGAUGAAAAGAAAGGUGGUGAAGAAGGCGUUAUGGGCUGGUCUGCUGCGCCGACUUUAGUUGAACGUCAACGAGAAAACCUUACCGAGAGACUGAAACGCGAGUUUGGAUUAUUUCUCAGUGACGAUGAAGAAGAAAGGGCCCGAAAACAAGGUUUGACAGCAGAGGCAAUUCUGAAAGCUCGUAAAUUAUCGCCUUCGACGCAAGCUAUUAUUCCUGGUGCAACGACUGUUUAUCCGACUCCUCAAUUACCGCCACAACCCUACAUACCUCCCCCUGGUUCGGCUCCCAUCCAUUUUCCUCAAUUUCAAACUAAGCCAGUGCCAGUGCAAUAUUCAAACUUUGCAGUGCCUCAAGCCGUGUCGCAACCCAUUUACCCGAAUACAACAGCACAACCUUUGGCUAACAAGCAGCAAACGCAACAAUUUUUGAUACCGCAAGCACCGCCAGGAUCGAAUCCUUACCCACCGCAAUUUGUACCAUCUUCAUCAGCUGUCCCAGCCCAAAGGUUUCCAGCUGUACCAGCGCCGCCACCUCAACCAAGUGCUCAAUUUUUCCCACCGUCACCCCAGGUCCAGAAAACUUUCUUCAACCAUCCUGCGCCAAGAACGUAACUCACAUUAAGGCUAGUAACGUUGCAAAUUUUUUAGUCAAAAGUGAAUGAACUUUGAGAUUAAACCUGUUUUUCUUGUUGUUGACUCCGUUGGUAUUGACAAUUUAUGUACACUAGUCCAACAUUUAUAUACAACGUUGGACGUACACUCAACGUCUGAUUUGAACAGAAACUUAAAAACUUUCGUCGUAUUUUAUGAUUCAAAAUAAAUCUUCGAGCCUUGGACAGGUGUGACGUAUUCUCACACGAUUGUCGUGAUUCAAUGUCGAUUGCGUUUUCAAUACGAAAAGAAGAGAAAAAGAACAUUACGAGAGGUAGUUGAGAAUCGAGUGUUCAACGGAACAUACCGUACUACCCCCACCAGUUAUCUCAGUGUUUUCGUCGUAUGUAAAUAUAAAAAAAAGAGAUGCACGGAGGUGAAUGAACUCUCUCGUUUUCAAUCUAAAACAAUUAUGCAAAGACAGUUUAUGCAUUUUAUGGCAAUUAUACACGUCGCAUCUGUCCAACGCCAUUGCGAUCGUGGAAUAGGUGAAGAAGAAAAAAAAAUAUGGGCUCUCGUUUAAGUAUUUUGAUUGACGCCCAAGUAAAAAAUGUGUGAUUCUGACAUCUCGUGUGUCUGUUCGUUCAUGAAGUCACUGAUGUCAAAAUCAGAAACCACACUUUACCGAUCCACGGCAAUGACAUUUACCCCAUGUAUGAUCGGCUCACACGCUUUAUGCGUUGCAGGAAAGAAAGAAUGUGUUCUAAUGUGUUACAAAAUAGCAUUAAUCUGUUAAUUAGUAAAUAUGGGUUGAAAUUAACACAAUUAUAAGCUGGAGAGAUCAAUCUCAGAUUUGUUUUUCGAGUAGCUGAUUUUCGUAUUCUGCGUUACUUUAUAAACAGAAAAAUAACGAAAAUAAUUUGCAGGAAUUAUCAAAACCAAAGAUAAUUACCUGUAUCUUUGAAUAUUAUAAUGUAAUAUGCACAUUACACACAUUUGAGCCUGCAUUUGUCCAUCUUGUCUGUACAUAUUAUUUACAUACAUGCAUAAUAUAAUAUAAUUAUAUGAAAAUUAUAUAUAUUUAACCAUAGUUAUUGUAGAUUGAUAUAACAAACUUAUAUCACUUAGGUAAGAGGGGUGCUGUUACACAUGAUCAGCAUUAUACCCGAAAUUCUCUAUAUUUUAUAUUUGAUUGUAAAAUGCCCGAUGAUUAGUUAAUAAUAAAUAAAAUAUGCUAAAAUUUC